AUGAUCAUCACCGGGUUUGACCAGCCGCAGAUCACCGAAGACUUUUCUCACGUGAUGCUGGACGACGCUGCCAUGAACGUCGCGCGGGCGUUCACGGCUGAUGUCAAGGCGCAGAUUCCCGUCGUCAACCAGCGAAAUGCCACCCGAGUCCAGCCAUUCCAGUCGUUCAACCCCAGCACGAUGGAGAUGGCUGUCGGCAUCUAG